AUGGCGCCCGGCAUUCUGGACCACCCCGGCAUUGCCACUGUCGAAUCACGACCUUCGAAAAGAGUCAAGACUUCUGUGGCGACUGAAGUCGAGAGCGACGACGAUGAUGUGGCGGCGGCGGCAAUCGCAGUCCCCUCGCAUCCUCUGGGUAUCAAGCCGGCCGGCAAUGCGUAUACUGCGUCCGAGAAUAUCAAAUCGAGAUGCGGACUGUUCGCCAGCUUACCCGAUGAACUACUGAGCCACAUCUUUGAGUCAUUCGAAGCUGACGUUCUGAUACGCCUGGGGAGUACAUGCCGCGCUCUGUAUGCCUUUACGAGGUUGGACGAAUUAUGGCGGGCUUUGUUCGUAAGCUCCCCAGCUGAAGACUUUGAGUGGCGUGGAACCUGGCGAGCAACCUACCUGAAGAUCCCAAGAGAGCACGUCACUUCAAUAUCAUGCACCAACCUCUUCUCAGACACUCUUUAUCGACCAUUUCAGUGCGCCCACACAGAACUAAACUCCUACGCGGCCAAAAUCCCGAAACAAAAUGAGAUAGCCCGACUAUCAGAUCUGACAUACGAAGAGUACGCCGAAACCUGGGUGGACAAGCCCUUUGUGCUCACUACACCCGUCCAGCAAUGGCCUGUAUACGGUACCUGGACGCCAGAGUAUCUCCUCGAAAAAUUCCCAGAAACCAAGUUCCGCGCGGAAGCAGUAGACUGGCCCAUGAAGAAGUACAUGUCCUACAUGCACGACAACGCCGACGAGUCACCCCUGUACCUCUUCGAUCGCGCAUUCGCCGAGAAGACCGGCGUAGACAUCACAGCGGCACCGCAUUCCAAAGAAGCCGCAUACUGGAGCCCAACAUGUUUCGGCGACGACCUCUUCAGUGUCCUAGGCGAACACCGACCGGACUGCCGAUGGAUGAUCAUGGGUCCCAAGCGCAGCGGCUCUACCUUCCACAAAGAUCCAAACGCAACUUCAGCAUGGAACGCAGUCUUGACAGGCAGCAAAUACUGGCUCAUGUUCCCCGCCGGCCCAGGCAUCGAUCCUCCACCCGGUGUCAUCGUUAGCGACGAUCAAUCUGAGAUCACCUCUCCGCUCAGCAUCGCGGAGUACAUGCUCACGUUCCAUGAACUCGCCCGCCAAACGCCCGGCUGCAAGGAAGGCAUCUGCUAUGCUGGUGAAGUACUCCAUGUACCGUCCGGCUGGUUCCACCUAGUGCUCAAUCUCGAAGACAGCCUCGCUUUGACGCAGAAUUUUGUGCCUCGCAAGAAAUUGCCUGAUGUACUAGGCUUCCUGCGUGACCAGCGCGGCGAAGUAAGCGGGUUCAAAGAGGACGUUUGCGACCGUGCGUAUGAACUCUUCGUCGAGAGGCUGCAGGAACAACACCCCGAGCUGCUGGAGGAGGGCCUCGCGGAGUUGGAAAGGAAGGGGAAGAAGGGAAAGGGCAAGUGGGAGCAGCUGACGAAGGGAGACGAGAAGGAAGAAGUCGGAGGGUUUAGCUUUGGUUUUGGUGGGGAUGACGAUGAUGCUGACAUUCCAUGA